AUGGAAUCAUAUGAAGAAAGAGUUAGAAAUAUUGUAAAUCAUUUAACACCACCAAAAGAGAUUUUAAUGAAUGAUUGUUUAUCAUCAGAGGAAGAGAUUUUAAAUAUUAAUAAUACUUCAUCAACAACUACAAGUACAUUAACAUGGAAUAAACAAGAGUUAUCAGAAUAUUUAGAAGCAGCACCAGAUCAUAUUAAAGUUGCAAAAAAGAAAUUACAAGAAAUAGUUAAAGAUCCAAUUUUCUUACCAAAAUAUAAUAUGAACGUUCAACAAUGGAGAGAAUUAACAUUACAAAGAGCAAUGAUCAUCAUUAAAGCAGGUGCUAUUUCAUUGGCAGAGUUCAAUCGUGAUCCAAUGAAAUAUUUAGUUUCAAUGGAAAUGUUAAAUUUGGUAGACCCAUCGCUAUCUGUUAAAUUGGGUGUUCACUUUUCAUUAUUUGGUAAUGCAGUUUUAAAUUUAGGUACAGAGAAACAUCAUAUCAAAUAUAUUAAAGAUAUUGAUAGUUGGAAAUUACCAGGUUGUUUUGGUAUGACAGAAUUGGGUCAUGGCUCAAAUGUUCAAGGCGUUGAAACCACCGCUACCUAUGAUAAAACCACCCAAGAAUUCAUUAUAAAUACACCAUCGGAUUCAGCUCAAAAGUUUUGGAUUGGUAAUGCCGCAUGUCAUGGUCAAGCAUGUUCAGUGUUUGCUCAAUUGUAUAUUGAUAAUGUACACUAUGGAGUACACGUUUUCGUUGUACCAAUUCGUAAUUCCGAUGGUACCAUAGCAGAGAAUGUUAGAAUCAUGGAUAAUGGUCAUAAGUUAGGUUUACAAGGUGUUGAUAACGGUAGAAUUUGGUUUGACAAUAAACGUAUUCCAAGAGAUAACCUUUUAAACAAAUUUGGUGAUGUUGAAGCCGACGGUACCUACGUCUCUUCCAUCCCAUCAAAGAGUAAGAGAUUCGGUUCAAUGGUUGCACCAUUGGUUGGUGGUAGAGUUUUAAUUGCCGCUUCCGCUUUGAAUGUCUCAAAGAUGGCAUUGAUGAUUGCAACUCGUUAUGCAUAUAGUAGAAAACAAUUUGGUUCAAAAGGUAAUGAAAUUCGUAUCAUUGAAUAUUUAACUCAUCAACGUAGAUUAUUCCCAAUGAUUGCCACCAGUGUAGCUCUUUCAUUCGCAGUUGAAAAAUUAAAGAAAAUCUAUUGUGAACCAAAUAAAACCUCACAAAAUGUAAAGGAUCUCCAUGUUUGGUCCUCUGGUUUGAAGGCUGUAGUUAGUUGGACAAAAACAAACAUUCUUCAAUUGACUAGAGAAUGUUGUGGUGGUCAAGGUUUCUCAUCAUUCAAUCAAAUCGCAUUGUUUAAAUCGGAUUUAGAGAUCGAUAUGACCUAUGAAGGUGAUAAUCAUGUACUCCUUCAACAAGUUGCUCGUAACCUUUUGGUAGAGUUACAAAAGGGUCGUUACACAUUGACCAGUCCAAAUCAUGACUCUGCACACAUUUACGAUUAUGAUUUCCAAAUUCAAACCUUGAAAUGGAGAGAAAGUGAUUUAGUCUCAACUUUAUCCUCAAAGAUUAUGUCUCAACUCGAUCAAGGUCUUUCAUUAGAACAAGGUUGGAAUACCUGUUUAGAUACCAUCACCUUAUUGGGUAAAGCUUUCGUUGAUCGUAUCACUUUAGAGGAAUUCCAAUCUGGUAUCAACAAUGCUCCUUCCUCUUUAAAACAAGUCUUGGAACUUUGUAGAAACUUAUUCUUUUCUUGGAAAGUUAAUGAAGAUCUUGGUUACUUCCUUUGUAAUGAUGGUCUUGCAACUCCUGCUGCACUUAAAAUUCAAGGUUCUAUCAAUAAACUUUGUUCUGAUAUGUUACCAAUUGGUUUAGACCUUGUAAAUUCUUUCAAUAUCCCCGAACAAUUCAUUCAUGCCCCAAUCUCAAAACCAGAUUAUAUUCAAGAAUUUAGAUAUGGUUUAAAAAGAGAUUAUUAA